GUAGAACUCUUAUCCUUCCGCAUUUGUCGGCAUACUUCGAUGAUCGAGGAAAUUCAAUGGAAUACACCGGAGACAAUUUUCUUGUUUCAGGAGUAAUUUAAGUGUGGUUUAUUGUCUAUAUUAAUUUUACAUUCAUCUUUAUCGACAGAACUCGAUAAACAUUACGUUUUGGUUGUUAAUUUAAGGAGUACUGUUCAUUAUAAUAUUUUAUUUGCAAUCCUUUGAAAUAGAGUCUGUUUCACAAAACAUAUUUAUUGACUUUGCGCUCGGAUGUGCAUAUUUCAUUUGACAGUCGGAUUCGUUGUUUUAAAAUUUGAUGGUAAAGGUCUGCAGUAAAUGACUCUUAUUUAAAGACAGUAAAAAGUAACAAGUCAUGAGCUUUAGCAGUGACGAAGUGAAUUUUUUGGUGUACAGAUAUUUGCAAGAAUCUGGUUUUGUGCACUCAGCUUAUACUUUUGGAAUUGAAAGCCAUAUUAGUCAGUCUAAUAUCAAUGGAGCACUGGUGCCACCAGCAGCAUUGUUGAACAUCAUUCAAAAGGGCCUACAGUAUACAGAGGCUGAAAUAAGCAUUGCAGAGGAUGGAUCUGAGCGUUGUAUUGAGACAUUGUCCCUGAUUGAUGCUGUCAUGCCUGAUGUUGUCGAGUCCAGAAAGCAGGCAGCAGUCAAGACACAGAAUGUCAAGUCAGAGCCAAGCAACACAAAUGGUGAAGGAGAAACUUCACAAAGUUGUACUAAUCAUACAACAAAUAUGGAAGUAGAUGGAGGAGUAGAAAUUCCUAGUAGUAAAGCAACCAUAUUACGUGGACACGAGUCAGAAGUUUUCAUCUGUGCUUGGAACCCUACAAAUGACCUGUUGGCUUCUGGGUCAGGAGACUCAACAGCAAGAAUCUGGAACAUGAAUGACAACAGUAAUAGUGCUAAUCAGCUGGUUCUGAGACAUUGUAUACAAAGAGGAGGUACAGAAGUCCCUAGUAAUAAAGAUGUAACCUCACUUGAUUGGAAUUGUGAAGGAACAUUGUUGGCUACUGGUUCAUAUGAUGGUUAUGCUAGAAUAUGGAGUACAGAUGGUCGACUUGUAAAUACAUUAGGUCAACAUAAAGGUCCUAUUUUUGCCCUAAAGUGGAAUAAAAGAGGGAAUUAUAUCUUGAGUGCUGGUGUAGAUAAAACGACUAUAAUUUGGGAUGCUAGUACAGGACAUGCUAAAGAACAGUUUGCUUUUCACUCUGCUCCUGCGCUGGACGUAGAUUGGCAGAGUAACCAAACAUUUGCAUCAUGUUCAACAGAUCAGUGUAUCCAUGUCUGCAGGCUAGGGAUGGAUAGACCAAUGAAAACAUUCCAGGGACAUACUAAUGAAGUAAAUGCUAUCAAAUGGGAUCCUCAAGGGCAGUUAUUAGCAUCCUGUUCUGAUGAUAUGACAUUAAAGAUAUGGAGUAUGAGGCAGGAUAGCUGUGUUCAUGACUUACAAGCUCACAGUAAAGAAAUCUACACAAUCAAAUGGAGUCCCACAGGUCCAGGGACAAAUAAUCCUAAUGUCCCACUUAUUUUAUCUAGUGCUUCUUUUGAUUCCACAGUGAGGUUGUGGGAAGUGGAGCGAGGGACGUGUAUCCACACAUUAACAAAACAUCAGGAACCUGUAUAUAGUGUAGCUUUUAGUCCUGAUGGCAAAUAUUUAGCUAGUGGUUCUUUUGACAAGUGUGUUCAUAUUUGGAAUGUGCAGAGUGGAUCUUUAGUGCACAGUUAUAAGGGCACAGGGGGAAUAUUUGAAGUAUGUUGGAAUCACCGAGGUGAUAAGGUUGGAGCAAGCGCGUCUGAUGGUUCAGUGUUUGUGUUAGACUUACGAAAGUGACAUACAAAUGGAUAGUACGAAAGCUACCUCUAUAAAUUCUUACUAAAACUGCCAUCAAAUGGUUUUUAAAAGUGCUAUAUCAGAGGUGUGGAUAUUUUUAGAACUAAAAGUGCAAAGGCUGUGAUACUUACAAAAAAACUUUCUUCAAGAAAGAAGCACCUGUUUGGUGGUAAACAAAGAACGGAUUGGAGGAGGAGGAUGUAUGGGACCACACUGUUAACGUGCAAUAGAAUCCUACAUGAGAUGGAAGAUGAAGUUUCAUGUCAGCAUAAUGGAUGUUUUGUCAUGUCGAUAUUGUCAGUACAGUUAUUUUGAAGUGAAUUGAGUAGGAGGAAACUCCUCUUGUGAGAAAGAGCAUAAAACACUAUAUUCAAUCAAAUUUUAUUUUGCAAGAAGAAUAUCAAAAGAGAUUUUUGAGUUGUUGUGAUUGAAACAUCAUACUUUUUGUGCCAUUAUAGAAAUUACUGGUAGUAAAAAAAUUUGUUAUUAUAGGGCACAUUUGUUGUCAAGUUAUGUGUUACAUGUUGUUUAUAGAAAUGUACAUCUCGCUCAUCAUUGUUUGGACACCUGAUUGGAUAGACAAAGCUAAGACACAACAUUUUCUUUGAAUUACAAAGUCUUGCAGGUUAAGAGUUAUUACAAGUUGACUUUUAUAUUGAAAUUAUUUUUUUCCUUUUGCAUGGUUUUCAUUUUGCUAUUUUAGUUACUUUUUUGAUUAAGUAGACAUUUCUAAUAACCACUAGCAUUUAUGUGUCUAAAAAUGAAAAAUGAAUUUUAAUUUUUGCUGGAGGAAAAGUUUGCAUUUUUUUUUUGAGAAUCAUUUUUUGGGAAGUAAACUUCAUGAUUUUGAAGACUUUUAUCCCACAAAUUUCUUCAAAGCACUAUGGAAGAAGGGAAAAUAAUAAUAGCAUAAUAAGUUGACAUCAAUCAGGGAAUGUGUCUGAUCUCAGGUAUAUUGUGCCAUACAUUUCAGGUUCUCAUUUGUGUCCAACUUGUCUAAUUACAUUUUCAGUUUCAUAAGGGAACUAAUAUUGGCAACGAAAACUGUAUGGCUUAGAAAUCUUAUCAUUGAUCAGUCCAUUUUUUCAGCAAUAGUGACUUUUUGGUGAUAGAUAUUUAUUUUCACAUUUAAAGAAACACCAGAAUGUUCAACAUUGCUGAAGGAGAAGUGGGUUGGCAUCAGAUACAGAUUUAGAAGUGCAACAAGUUCACAUAAUGAGAUGCUUGACACCUUUUAUUAACAACCAAAAAGAAGUUUAUUACAUCAGUUUAUUUUUUAAUUCAAAAGCUUUGUUCUAAAUUUUGAUAUUGAGCUAUUAAAUGUCAAGGAUACCAGGAAAUGAACAUUGUGCACUUCUUAGAUUGAAUCAGAGAGAUUGUUGUUGAGCUUAUUUCAUUACUUAAAGGCAGCUACUCUUGUAAAAUCAUUACCAUAGUUUUGUAUUACAUAUAUCAUAGUGUAAAAUAACUAUUUUUGGCAUUAUGCUAUGAUUAAAUAGCUAGUAGCCCUAUUUUUCAGGGUAGAUAUGUCAAGGAAAAUUUAAUUGAAUAAUACUGUAAAAUUGUUAUUUUUUUUGUAGCACACAAAUUCAAAAUCUGUAAGGAAAUACAGUUUUAAAAAAAUUCAAUAUUAAACUCAAAACCCUCAAAGAAAUAACAAUUUUCUUAAAGCCAUAAAAGUUAGCGCUAACAACUUAUACUUGUAUUGUAAUGUACCGAUAUGAUUUGGUUGAUUCUAGAACUGUUACAAUAGCACUUAUAAAACACUUCAUUCAACUGCAUGCUAUAUUGCUGUUUCUAGCAGAGAUAGGCUGGACAUUUACAUUAUCAGAUACUUUGAAGACAUAUAAUUAAAUAGUACAGUGAAGAUUCAUAUAUUCUAAGUCGAGGGAAUAUUAUAUGAGGUAAUUUCAUCUAUCAUAGGAACCCACACAUGUAGGAGAUAUUCACUAGAAAUGACAGUUAUUUGUACACUGAAAAUAUUUACAAAAUUUGUCAACAAAACAGCUUAGUUUAUUAGAGCCUUUCAGCAUUUCUGUCAGGCCAAGGCUUACAGUUAAUAUUUGUCCAUGUAAACACACAGUUAGGACACACAAGAUCACAUUAUAUAUCAUAGUAACACAGUCAUGUUAAAAAGAUUUUUUUUUUCUUAAAAAAAAAAUGGCAGCUAUCAAUUUCCACUUUUUAAGUUAUUAUUUAAGCAUCAAAUCAUAAGGGAAAAAAAAUAAAAGGUAAAUUGACCUUUUACUUAUAUGAAAAAAUUUAACGAGAAAUAAUUAUUUCUUUUCAUAAAUAAACAGAUGAUAAUAUGUAUGAUUGAGUCCAUUUAAGCUAUUAUCUUCAUUGUUUUAAAUGAUGUUCAAGUCUUGUAUGGAGGAAUGGCUGUUGUCUCUAAAUGUUUAUGAAUGUUUGUUGAGUGGAUUGUUUGGGAUCGAUUGGGAGGGAAAGUGAAAGUAUUAUUAGGGCUGGGGUUGGGAUUUGUCCUACCAAGUCAAACUUGGGAGUUGUGAUGGACAGAGAUAAUGUAGAAUACAUAGCAAUUAUUGUUUUGCCCUAGGGUGUUUAUUAAAAUGUCUGUGAAAUACAGAUAAAAUGAGAA